AUAACACAUUAUAUUUAGCCCUUAGGUGUAUGCAGUGGUAUGCUGGCAAAUGUUUAACAGCCAGUUCUGGGGAGGGGUGCAGUUUAUAGCAUUUACUCAUUUCCAUGGUAUAAAUGCUUUCACCAUGUCCUCUUUCAAGCCACCAACAGGAAGUCACCUCAGGGAGAGUUGGGAGGUGAUGCACACAGUUGGCUCUCCCCAGGCAGAGUGCCAGCACACUUCUGGCACAAAAUGCACUGAGUGCGAUAGAGUCCUGGCUCUCACCAGACUUUCUAAUGAGGGACAGAAUAUAACAGGCAAUUAGGAUACUGUUGGUAAGUGAGCUACAGAAGUGGGCAGAGGGGCUGUGAGAACAGGGAGGAGGCCCUGAUCUCCUAUAGGCCCAGGAUAGGUUCCUUGAUGUGCUUUCCUGAAGUGGCUUUUAGUACUUUGUGUCCAGAAUGUUGAGACUCAGCCAACUGAUGCCCUGCUCUUUCCUCUCAAACAUAGACUUUUCUCUUUUCCCACUGUACUCAGGACCUCAUUUGCCUGACCAGUUAUACCCGUAACCAUAAGAUGUAUCAUGUGCUCCAGUGGAUCAUUUGUUUCUGAGGAAUAGUCCUCAAGAUGCAUGAGGACUUUUAUAUAAAGUUCUGAGAAGGUUUCUGAGCACCCUACAAUCAGGUUGCCUGAGUGUGAGGAGAGGAGGUUAUCUGAUCUUAAUCCAUGACCUUUGAACUGAUGAAAAAAACAGUAGGCCAGCUCUGUCCUGGGGAGCACAGUGGAGAGCCAGGCUUUACAGAGGGCUUUUGGAUCCCUGUGAUCUGCCUCCCACGGUUAUUCCCCACGUGGUCCUUGUGAAUCUGUGGGAGACUGUCAUGUUUCUUUGGUUUCUUACAAGUCUGUGAUCCAGGAAGUCCCCCAAAGAACCAGCUCCAUGCAAAGGUAUGUGCUCCCCGUCUCAAGGCUUUUUGUCACUGAAAUAUUUUUUUCCUGGUUUGAGAUUAGGAAAGGCUUGGUAGAGUCCAGCAGGUGGGCGCUUGAGUCUGACAUGGGAGAAAAUAACUCAUGUCAUCCCUCCUGCAGAGCAUCGCAACAUGCCCCAGGCAGAUGCCAUGGUGCUGGUGGCCAGAAAUUAUGAACGCUACAAGAACGAGUGCCGAGAGAAGGAGCGUGAGGAGAUUGCCAGACAGGCAGCCAAGAUGGCUGAUGAAGCCAUCCUACAGGAAAGAGAGCGAGGAGGACCCGAGGAAGGAGUGCGUGGGGGGCACCCUCCAGCCAUCCAAAGCCUCAUCAACCUGCUGGCAGACAACAGGUACCUCACUGCUGAAGAGACGGACAAGAUCAUCAACUACCUGCGAGAGCGGAAGGAGCGGCUUAUGAGGAGCAGCACCGACUCUCUGCCUGGCCCGAUUCCCCGUCAACCACUCGGGGCGACCUCGGGUGCCUCGGUGAAGACACAGCCAAGCUCCCAACCGCCCCAGAGCGGCCAAAUACUCCCCUCUGCUACACCCACUUCAGCUGCACCCCCCACAUCCCAGCAAGAGCUUCAGGCCAAAAUCCUCAGCCUCUUCAAUAGUGGCACACUUGUGGCCAAUAGCAGCUCUGCAGCCCCCUCAGUCGCUGCCAGAAACACGCAGAAGCAGAAUUUUUCCACAGCAGCGAACAGCCAACCUCAGCAAAGAUCACAGGCCUCUGGCAAUCAGCCUCCAAACAUUUUGGGACAGGCGGGAUCUGCUCGGAAUAUGGGCCCCAGGCCUGGGGCUCCUUCCCAAAGGCUCUUUGGCCAACCUUCCAGUCGCCUGGCACCUGCCAGCAACGUGGCUAGCCAGAGGGCUGUGUCUUCCACAGGUAUCAACUUUGAUAAUCCAAGUGUACAGAAGGCUCUGGACACCCUCAUCCAGAGUGGCCCUGCUCUCUCCCACCUGGUUAGUCAGACCACAGCACAGGUGGGGUGGCCCCAGGCACCCCUGGGAUCUUACCAGAGGCAUUACUGAGGCUAAAUCUCUCAACUGCCCCCAGUUCCCUCAUCCCCUGGCCUCAUCCCACCUGUUGCAUUCUAAAUAGAAUUACUUGGAGGAUGUUCUGCGCCUGCCCAGGUCGACAUUGAAUGUCGUGUUUCUACCACCUGCUCUCUUCUGCUGAAGGCUGUGUUGCAUAUUCCUUCCAGAGUCAGAGUUUAUACUGUAUUUGGGGGUGUAUCUUUUUGUUUUUGUUUCAGUUUGGGGUUUUUUUUGGUAGAAAAUAAAUAUCCCUGGGGUCAUGGGGGCAGUAUAGGUAUCUGCGCUCAGUUUAUAUUUCUUGGGUUUCUCUGGCCUCUCCAUCAUCUGGACUGUGGGGGUUGGGGAGAAGAAUCAGCAGCGAAGCCCCAGCUGGCUGAGUUUGGAAUGUCAUAUUCAUGGUAAUAGCCACUCUGUGUUUGUUCAUGUUGAAUCUGCCAAGGCUUCCCAGCCUUGCACAGGCUGACAAGAACUUGAGUUCCUGACUGCAGCUCCCACCUAGGGUUCAGAGGCAGACUGGGCUUGGCAGGUGUGGUGUCGUCAUGCCCUCUCCUACAUGUACACAGUCUGCUGGAGCUUCAUCAGCUACUCUGGAGUUGCUGGCUGGCCGUGGCAGCCACAGCAGCAGGCAUUUUUCUACCUGACCCAGGGUUGUUGUUUUGGGGUUUUUCUUUUUUGUUCAUCUCGUUAGAGGAUCUCCAAUGGACUGAACAGUUACAGUCACCAGCAGUUUAACACAAACUGUGAAUCUGGGCCCCAACCACUCUUACCCCAUUAACAUUUCUGUCAGCCUGUCCCUCUCCAAUCAUUUCAUGGAGUCAGUUCUAAGAAGGCAACUCUAGACUCUGGCAGUGAACACCAAUUUUUCAGUGAUUGUUUUGAGCUUUUGGCUCAAAACUCAGGCUCUUUAUUUUCAUCUGGACUCUUGUUCUGUAUUCCAAGCAGCAGAAGGUAGGGACCAUUUUGAUGUCAGACUUCUGGUAGCUGGACAUGUACCUGAUACAGGUGGUGGUUCAUAACUUUUGAGCCAGAGUGAAAUUACUGGAGGGAGGACUUGUGGCUGCUGCUCUAAAUGGAGCCAAAGGAAGCUGCCCUCCCCCUAGGGAUGGUGCUCAUUAGAGCCCUGUGGAUCACAGUCUCAAGGGGCCCCUGGCAUGGACAAGGGCGAGCAAUGACUUCAGCUCAGCCCCUACCAGUGGCUAAGCAAACAAUGGUUUCAAAAACUCAAGGUCUCCAGAUGGCAGCAUUUCACGUUCUGACCUGUUUGUGUUAUAUAGUGUUUUUUUUCUCUUUGGAACUCUUGUGUUGUUAAUAAGAUGAGAUGAUUACUUUUUAAUUAAAAUGAAAAAAUAAAAGC